AGCUGGUCGUCGCGCUCGUCGGUCGCGUUCCUUGUCGCUCUGUGGUUCUCCCGGCGGCGGCGGCGAGUCGAGCACCCAAGGCAGUCGGGGGCGCGCGCCGUGGGCUCUGUUACCGAGGCCGGCCCCGCCACCUGAGCGGCCGCCGCGGGCCGAGGCUCGGGCGCCCCCGCCAUCUUCGAGGCGGCCGGCCGGGCAGGGCCGGAGGCCGGAGCGCGGGGCGGAGCAGGGCGGUCGCGGCUGCGGCGGCCGGGACGGCGGGGCUCCCCCUGCCCGCGCCCCGGAGAUGAGGCGAAGAUGUCGGUGUCAGGGCUCAAGGCCGAGCUGAAGUUCCUGGAGUCCAUCUUCGACAAGAACCACGAGCGGUUCCGGAUCGUCAGCUGGAAGCUGGACGAGCUGCACUGCCAGUUCCUGCUGCUGCCGCCGGGCAGCCCGCAUCCACCGCCGCUCACUAUCCACUGCAACAUCACGGAAUCCUAUCCGUCUUCAUCACCAAUAUGGUUUGUGGAAUCGGAUGACCCCAAUUUGGCAUCAGUUCUGGAACGUCUUGAAGACAUUAAAAAGAGCAACACCCUGCUUCUUCAGCAGCUGAAGCGGUUAAUAUGUGAUCUCUGCAGAUUGUACAACCUCCCUCAGCAUCCUGAUGUUGAGAUGCUUGACCAACCGCUACCUGCGGGUCAGAAUGGGACCGCAGAAGAAGUUACUUCAGAAGAAGAGGAAGAAGAAGAUAUGGGUGAAGAUAUAGAAGACUUAGAUCACUAUGACAUGAAGGAAGAAGAGCCCAUCGAUGGAAAGAAGUCUGAAGAUGAAGGCAUUGAGAAAGAGAAUCUGGCGACAUUGGAGAGAAUCAGGAAGAAUCAAAGGCAAGACCAUCUGAGUGGUGCCGUGUCUGGAUCAGUGCAAGCUUCAGACAGACUCAUGAAAGAGCUCAGGGAUAUAUACCGAUCACAGAGUUAUAAAACAGGAAUUUACUCAGUGGAACUUGUAAAUGACAGUUUAUAUGAGUGGCAUGUUAAACUUCUCAAGGUUGACCCUGACAGCCCAUUACAUCAUGAUCUUCAGGUCUUAAAAGAAAAAGAAGGCGUAGAAUACAUUUUGCUUAACUUUUCUUUUAAGGAUAACUUCCCUUUUGACCCUCCUUUUGUUCGAGUUGUGGCUCCUAUCCUCUCAGGAGGGUAUGUGUUGGGUGGUGGUGCAUUAUGCAUGGAGCUUCUCACAAAACAGGGCUGGAGCAGUGCCUAUUCCAUUGAAUCGGUCAUCAUGCAGAUCAAUGCCACCUUAGUCAAAGGGAAGGCCCGAGUACAGUUUGGAGCUAAUAAGAAUCAGUAUAAUCUAGCAAGAGCUCAGCAGUCCUAUAAAUCCCUAGUACAGAUACAUGAGAAGAAUGGCUGGUACACCCCUCCAAAGGAAGAUGGCUAAGCAGACAAACCAUUCUUUGCCUGGACUGAUGUCACUAUAACGAAAUUCCUGCCGGCAGACAAUAAGCUAUGAGUGCCCCUAUAAACAGCAGUACUGAAGACUUUAGCUAUUAAAUUUGUUAGUGGAUAAAAUGUUAUUUGACAUCCAGUGUAGGUUACAGCCUUUCCAUUCUGCUCAUCAUAGGUAUCUUGGGCUGAGCAGUUUGGGACCUUUAUCGGUCCAUUUCUUCCCAUCUUCCCUUCAUAUGAAAGUGAAACCCCUGAAGCCGACGAGUCAGUACCAAGUUACACACAUGUACACGUACACACACAAACACACACACACACACACACACACACACACACACACACACACACACGUUCUAUGAAUCGUAGUGGGGUUUGAGAUUCUUACCUUAAGGAUAACGGGCGACAAAGACUUGCAAUAUAUGGUUUCAUUUAAAGCCAGUAAAGUUUCAAUCAUUGUUUAAUACUGUUUUAGAGAUUUCAGGUCUUGUAAAAUCACAGGUUUGGUUUUUUUCUGGUCUAAAAUGAAAACAUUUAUAGUAUUGCCAAAUUAAUGACAUAGGAAACCCCACACAUGUGUUGUCAUUACACUUUUUUUAAAUGGCUACAUGAAGAUAUGAAAUGUUUCUCCAAGAGAUACUUAUAAUUGGAUUAUGUUGUAUUUUUGAAAAGAGCAAGCCUGCACCAAUUAAAAACUUGGAACUCGUCAUUUCUACUGGGGCCUCAGUCUUGCUAGGCUGUACCUGCUACUUGUUGGCUCAAUUUACCUUACAAAGAGGAGCCACAGUAUAAAGCUUGAAGUUUAUUUAAAAUACUAAAAGCCGUUGGGGGCGUUCCAUUUUAUUAACGGGGUGUUGCAAUCAUUUGUAAACUAAUGAACUCGUAAAGUGAUUGGCACAAGAAAACUAAAUCCUUGAGCAAAAUCUCUAAUACGUCAGAAUACAAAAAGACGUCACUUCUGAAGAAUCUUCAAAUAAUGUUGCCAUAGUCAUAGCCGUGGUUUUUGAUGUUGAAAGACUAAUGGGAAAUAUACACAUGACGGGAACGCUUUUUCUCUUUCUUAGAAGAUGGUAUGGAUUGGUGUAAUGUCUUCAUUUGAUUGCCUUACUUGAACCAGUUCCAUUUGGUUACUAACAGACCUUUUUUAUCCCAGGUUUAAACUAAAGGUAUAAUUUAAGUAUGAAGCACUUUUGGAAAGAAGUCUGUACCUGUCAGUUAAAACAUGAAAUGGUUUUUUUCUUAUCAGGCAUUUGCUUUGAGAUCCAAUUUUUAGCUUUGAAAACCACAUUGGAAAGACUUGGCACUACUUCUGAUAUCUUGUUUUUAAUUACCUUUUAUGCUGUUUGUUGUUUGUUCUUUGUUUUAAAUUAAAGGUAGAUGAAGCUAUCCUAGCCUCCUUGCUUAUUUGGUUAUAUUUGUAUAAAGUCCUGAUAGCCUGUUGCUCAGAUAACAGCCUUAAGUGUUAAGGCAGAGCUCUUUUUAAACAUUUUAAAGUUCCUUAAACCUGAGGCUAAAAUAUUGAAUACAUUCUUGAAUUCUUUAAUACUCAGAAGGAUAACAGGUUGACAGCUGUGCAUUUGGCAUGCUUAGUUUUGGAUUUCAUUUUCAUUGCAGAAUUAUUUGGCAAUGUAAAGUCAAUUUGUAAACUUGCAUCAAGUUUAUGAAUAAAGAACCAUUUUAAAAAUAA